CAAGAGACGCAGCGGUUGUUCCCUUCCGACGAAAAGGCCCCUGUGCUGUUUGCGCAAGGUGUGUGUGCUGAGCAGGCGUGGCGCCACCGCCGGUUGGAGCCCGAGCGAGCCGCGGGGAAGGCAGAAGACGAGCGAGAGGAGCCCAAAAAAGAAGAGGGGGGAAAACACUGUUACCGUGCGUUCAGACCCUCGGUCCUCAACUUCACGAUGAAGUCGUCGCCGAGCAUCGCUGCGGUAUCUAAUGUGCUCCGUCCUUCAUCUUCUUUCUCAUCAUCCUCGUCCUCUUCAUUCAUCUCUGACGUCUUCGCCACGAACACCACAGCCAGCGACUUCGUACACGGAAUCGUCGAGAGAAUUCCGUUGCCUCCGUGGGCCGUCUACCUGCUGCUGGCGUUGGGCGCGAUCGUGCUCGCUCUCGCGGUGUGUUGCGUGUGCGUGUGCUGCUGCAGACUCCGAAGGAAGAAGCGACGGCAGAAGCGGCCGGACGCCCUCGUUCGACUCCAGCCGCACGGCGGACGAACCGACGCCGAGCCGGUGCAACCCGGCGCUGGUGACGUGAACUCUGGCGCCACCAAGCAGCCACGAGGGAAACUGCUGUACUCGCUGGAGUUCAACGCUGCUCUCGCUGAGUUAACAGUGGGCGUGAAGAAAGCUAGCAGCCUGAAGGCCAUGGACCUGGGCGGAACUUCGGACCCCUACGUCAAGGUCUACAUCCUACCCGACAAGACCAAGACCUGUGAGACCAAAGUCCUGAAGAACACGCUCAAUGCCACCUUUAACGAGACCUUCAACUUCCAGAUCUCCAAGCCGACUUUGGUGAAGUCGACGGCUGUGCUUCAGGUUUUCGACUUCGACCGCUUCUCCCAACACGACAUCAUCGGAGAGCUCCGCCUAAAACUAGGACAAGUGGACUGGAAUCACGUCAUCGAGGAGUGGAGGGACCUUCACGAGCCUGCCAACAUGGAGGAGGAGAACCUCGGUGAGAUCUGCUUCUCUCUGCGUUACGUUCCGACAUCCAGCAAACUGACAGUCGUCAUCCUGGAGGCCAAAAACCUCAAGAGCACCGACUUGGACGGAAGCUCAGAUCCGUACGUGAAGGUGCAGCUGGCUCUGGACAAGCGCAAGUGGAAGAAGAAGAAGACAUCCAUCAAGAAGAACACGCUCAACCCGUACUACAACGAGGGGUUCGCCUUCAAGGUCACCCUGGCGCAAAUUCAGCGCGUCAACCUGGUGAUCUCGGUGUGGGACCACGACCCGAUGACGCCCAACGACCCGACGGGGAAGAUCUUCCUGGGCUGCGACGCGUCGGGCAACGGGCUGAGGCACUGGGCCGACAUGCUGACCAACCCGCGCCGGCCCGUGGCGCAGUGGCACACGCUGCUGUCGGCGCAGCAGGUCAACGCCGCCCUCGCCCUCAAGAAGAAGAUACCGCUCGCCAGGAAGAUCCCCUUCUGAGGAGCCCCCAUGGCCACAGGGGGCGCUCUGGACCAACCCUGCCAGAGUUGUUGUUGCGUCCCCAGUGAGCCCGAGAAGCAAUCACGCUGAGUUGCAGAGUCUUCUUCUUCUUCAUUCUCUUCUUUGUGCUGCUUCAAGCCUCCUGAGAGCGCCUGCCAGGCCUAAUCAUCUGCGUGCAGUGAUGUCGAUGGCCUGCGGGGGCGCUAAAGACUCUUCGUGCACCCGCUCGUACGGUGGCCCAGACAGGUCAGAACAAUUGCAAACGCCGCAACACGGUGGCGUUAGGUACACCGGAACCGAGCGCCGGGACUAUUCGUCCGCCAUUUUGCCGACGGACCAAGUGACUAAAUCAGUUUGAAUGAACGAAGUUUGAAUAGUGAUGAUGAAUGACAAUGUAAAAGUGCUUACUUUCAGAAGUGGCGCCAAAAUAGCUUACUUUUACUUACUUUUCCAACUUUGUGCAACUGCCCGCCUCAGUCACUUUUUCUGGUCCGUCGGCAAUCGGAGCACCCGUAACCCCGCCGAAUUAGACGGUCGAGGGAGUCCCGCUCUCACUUCCGGCGUGCCUUCACGUCGCUGUGUUGUGCUUUUAAUGUCGCGAUGUUGUGCCGUUUGCGUUUCCCUUGUGCGUUCUGGCGUUUGCAAUUGUGACUUUUUUUUUUUUUUAAACAUUUUGUACCCUUGCAUAUCAAUCGGAGCUGCUGCUACUAUUUUGACCCUCAUGUGCAUAAGUGGUCAAAAUAGCAGAAACAAGUGGAGUAAUAAUAAAUAGUCGUAUUAAUAUAUCUUUGACAGUGUCACUCAAAAGUGAGCAUUAUUACAUUUUAGAUACAGUCCCUAUAUUGGUGUUAGUUGUGUGAAAAAAAAGUAACAAACUCAAGGUCUAUGAACUUAUAUUUUCACAUUUUUUGGAUUAGAAACACUGACACAAACACUAUUAUUUAUGUAGUAUAGCAGAACCAAAGAGCGACAUUGAGGAGGGAUUCAAAGAAAUUAAAAUGUAAUGUAAGAUGUUGCAUGUUGGUAUUUGCUAAGUCGUCAAUGUAGUCUAAUUAUGCUCCAAUAAAAUUUGUACAACAAGUGAAAAGUGGGAAGUAUGAUGUUGUUGCCAGACAUAUAACAACACACAGUAGGAUGAAUUAUGCAAUCACAGUUCCAAUUUCACAUUGAAACAAAAUAAAUGUAUCAUGAAAAUCGGGGAAAUGUACUGGGCGAUAUUUGAACAAUGACAAACAAAUGAAAGACAA